AACAUUAUCACGUGCAUGUCACGUGUAAGUCAAAAGCUGGACCAACACCACCAAAACCAGAGCACGCAUUAAUAAUCACAUCACCUUCAUCGGUACUGCGCCUUCAUUAACUCCGCCUUACAUUGAUCACCCCCACCCACCACCACCGCCUCCUCCCCCUUCCUUCCAUAAUCAAAUGGAUAUCGGAACCCCUCCGCCUCCAUUACUCUCCACUGAAUCCAACCCAACCACUACAGGCAUCAACAUUCCUCAAGUUUACAACAAUGGCGGCACUGUACCACACCAACACCACCACUCAUCUUCUCCUUCCUCCUCCUCGUCGUCGACAUCUUCAGUAAUCAUAGUAAUGAUUGUUGUCUCUUCCGCCAUUAUUGUCUCAGCCGCCAUCUACCUCCUCAUCCGCUUCCUCUCACGCCGCUGCAACCGCUCCUUCCGUACUACCUUUUCCCCGACCGACGACGUCGUCUCCGACAAUAGAACUGAAAACGAACACGUGCAUCAUCACGUGAUUAGUGUAGGUAAUAAUGGGGUGGAGUCGCUCCCGCUCUUUACGUUUUCUUCACUCACCGGAAAUAUCGCCGGUGGAGACUGCGCCGUGUGUUUAUCGAAGUUUAAAGGUAUAGAUCAACUCCGACUGCUUCCAUUAUGCUGUCAUGCGUUUCACGCACAGUGUAUUGAUGCUUGGCUUAAGUCUAACCAGACAUGUCCGCUCUGCCGGUCGACGGUAAACCCUACCGAAGACGAUGUGCUUAACAAAAUUGCUGCGGCAUCCGGCGGCGCCGGAGGUAGAGUCGGUGGAAAUAGAAGUAACAGUAGUUUUCGUAUUGAGAUCGGAACUAUUAGCCAGCGUCGAGAGCCAUCUGAUUCAGCCCGUAGGUCGUACUCCGUUGGCUCGUAUGACUACGUGCUCGAUGACGGCUACGAGAUUCCCGUCGAAUCAACGCACCGGAGAGGAAUUUCCGACUGUACUUCAGUCGACAAGGAUUCUACAACUCCGGAACCGCCGGGACAGAAUUUGGCAGCGGAGGUGGCUGCGGGCGGCGGCAGUGGAAGGCGUAAUUGGCUGCGAGAUUACAUGGACCGUGUUUCUCUUUCUCUCUCUUCACGUACUCAGUCGUUCCGUGGUUCUGGAAGGUUCUUUACCGGAAGCAGUCGCCGGAGUGACAUCGUCGACGACUUUGAGGCGGGUCAUGGUAGAAUCGGAGAAGAGAUUAGCGAGCUUUUCCGAUGGCUCUCAGGGGUAUAACUGUAAAUUAACUUACUUUUUAGCUAUUUAUGGAAACUCCAUCUUUUGCUAUUACCACUCCGAAAUUCGUUUAGGGCAAGAGUGGAUUUAGCAAAGAGUGGGAUUUUGAUUUUUUAUUUUUGAUUUGUAAUUACGAAAAUCAUUCUAUGAUUUUCUAUAUUUAUUUAUGAUGUUUAAAGUUAACAAUGACAAUCUUUAAUAAGCUUAAAUCCCUUAAAACUAUUAUAUUCA